ACUUUGCACUUACACCAGCAGGACCUGAGGGCUCUCCACCGUAUUUGCCAGAACUUGAUAGCAUCUGACUUCUGAUUUUAGUGAAGUGGUAUCUGCUGUUUUGAUUUGCAUUGUUCUCAUUGCUGGUGAGACCAAACCUCCCUUCAAAUGCUCAUUAGCCAGCCUCUCUUGCAGCAGGGCUGAUGUGUGACAAAGUUCUGGCCAAUGAGAUGUAAGUAGAAGCCUACUUAGGAAUUUCGGGGAAAACUUUUACUUUAUCAUAAAAGGGACACUUUUAUGAGUGAGUACUCAGUGAUACUACAUCUUUCCCUUCUUCCUUCGACAUGACGUUGUGUCCGGAGUUGGUUCCUUCCAGUGGGUUCGUGGCCUGGCUGACUUAAAGAAUGCAGCAGCAGACUUGCGCGGGGAAACGGUGUCCUGCUGGAGGGAGAACUGAUUGAUGUAUCUCGGCACAGCAUCUUGGACGCUCACGGCAGGAAGGAGCGAUACUACGUGCUGUAUAUCCAGCCCAGUCACAUCCAUCGCCGUAAAUUCGACGCCAAGGGAAAUGAAAUCGAGCCCAACUUCAGCGCCACCAGGAAGGUGAACACGGGCUUCCUCAUGUCGUCCUACAAGGUGGAAGCCAAAGGGGACACUGACAGGCUCACGCCCGAGACGCUGAAGGGGCUGGUCAACAAGCCAGAGCUGCUGGCGCUGACAGAGAGCCUCACCCCCGACCACACAGUUGCAUUCUGGAUGCCCGAGUCGGAGAUGGAGGCGAUGGAGCUCGAGCUGGGGGCCGGGGUACGGCUGAAGACUCGGGGCAAUGGUCCCUUCCCGGAUUCAUUGGCCAAACUUGAGGCUGGAACAGUGACCAAGUGUAAUUUCGCUGGUGAUGGAAAGACAGGGGCAUCCUGGACAGACAACAUCAUGGCCCAAAAGUGUUCGGAGGCGGCUGCAGCGGAGAUCCGAGAGCAGGGGGACGGGGCAGAGGACGAGGAGUGGGAUGACUGAGGGACAUGGCUGCCUCCGGGGGCACCAGCACCUUCUGUAGCAUUGUGGAAAAUUUCUUCCAUGAACUUCUACUCUGGAGCUGGAGAGAACAGUCUGCCAAGUCUUACCUGGUUCUUCCCCAUAGCCACCUUGGAAUACUCUUUGAACAAGUUCUGCUAAAACCAAACCCAUGACCACUGUGUUGGUGGUAGGGCCCCAUGCUGUGGCUCAUGGAGGGCCCCUCCCUGCAUGUGAGUCUAGCCUUCCUAGGCAUUACAUGAUGACCCUGAAAAAAAUAUUAGAGAUGGAGGUCUCACUAUGUUGCCCAGGCUGAUCUCAAACUCCUGGACUCAAGCGAUCCACCCACCUCCGUCUCCCAAGGUGUUGGGAUUACAGGCAUGAGCCACCACACCCGGCCUCAUGUUGACGCUGGCCCUGGAUAGCAGCCUUGUUUUUGGAGGCAGGUGGUGGGAGAGACCCUAGGACAGCCUGAGAGUAACUGGACCUGGUAUUGGUGCGGAGUGGGGAAUAUCCCUUGCCUAAACGCAGAGCAGCUGAGAGAAGUUAGCGGGGCUCUUCCUCUGUUCUCAUUGUUUCCUGCUUUCCUUCCCCACCCACCCCUUCCUCAGCACUCUGUGUUGUAGCCUGUACUAUCCUGCUUCAAGCCUCCAUGUCCCUUGUACCUUCCUCCCACCUUGAGUUGCCAGUUCUUUAUUCCCACAGUGAUCCCAUGCCACCUCAGGGGUUUCUGUCAUCUGACAUCCCUGGCUGCUUUCCUGUUAGAUGCCAUUCUCAGAGAGGCCAACAGCAUUCCCAGGUGUGGCUGGCUGGUCCGCAUCUCUCAGACUCACUCUGCCAGGCUACAGUUAUGAGAAUCCCUUUUCUGUUGUUGUUUUGUACCUGGAGAACUUUUUAUGAAUGAGUAAAUCUUCAGAAAGGAA